AUGGAACGAGCGUCGCACGUCUCCGCAGCUCGCGAUGGCGACCGUGAUUGCGGAGAGCUAGCUCUAGUGGACGAAGGCACCGGGGAAUGCGCAUCCGUCACGGCCCUCCUCGAUGACGGCACUCUCUCCCUCGUCUUCUCCUUCCUCCCCUCGUGCUUCGCGAUCUCCUCAGCCGCCUUCGUCUGCCGCCGUUGGUGCCGCGUCGCGCUGCGCGGUGUGUGUGUGCGAUCGCUCCGAGCGUCGCCUUUUAUGCUCGAGGACUUAACUCCGGAGGGAUCGGAGAGCACACUAGGUAGUUUGGACUCAGAAACAGAGCUACUCAAGUUGACGACGCGCUUCGCCGCUACGCUUCGAUCUCUGGAGAUCCGUCCCGGCGCGAGAAACUUAACCGCCGCUGACAACGAAAAGCUGACGUCUCAUGGUAUUGUGCGAAUCCUUCGAGCCGCCUCGAGCAUCGAAUCCCUCUCUCUGGUCAGUUGCGUGGAGCGGAUCUACCCGAUAGUCGACUCGCUACCCAUGAGCGAAUCAGAGUUUGCCACGGUGGUGUUACCAGUCCUGCCACGUCAGCUCAACGCGUGUGAUGAUGACGAGAUAACUUUGCCGAGUCAUGAUCGCGUGUGGGGGUACGCGGAUGGCCUUCAGCUUGCCAGAUCGUCCAACAUCCCCCCUCCGCCACCCCCACCCCUCCCUGCGCCCCUUACUCCUCCUCCUCCUCCUGCUUCUGUCCCUCCUCCCUCUCCGCCUCUCCUCCCGCCUGGUCCCUCGCCUCCCCGCCCGCCCCCCUCACCGCCUCACCACAUCCGUUACGACCCGAUGCACUUAAACUCCACAUCCGUUAUCUCCUUCUUCCUCUCCGACCUGCACUUAAACUCCAUCGCCGCCUUGCUCCCUAAUCUCCGCGUCCUAAACCUCGACACGCUAGCGGACUUCACGGCCGCGUGCGUCGAGCACGUGGCCAGCACACUCCCGCACCUCACGGCGCUCUCGCUCUGGUCCGACGCCAUCACGUGGGAGACGGUGUCUCUCCUCCUCGCGCUCCUCCCAUUGCUGCAGCGCCUCUCCCUCAUAUCCCGCGCCUUGGGUCCGCGCGCCGUGCCCCAGCCGGGCAACCAAGAGCAUGAUAUCCACGUGCGUGCUCUGCACAUCCGAGAUAUUUCAGCGGAUUCAUCCGCUGGUCCAGAAGCAGCUGGGUUGGACGCUGCAUCCCUCUUCUCCUCGCUCUCUAUUGCAAAACCCUGUCACGGCGACCUCUUUUGGUACCCAUCUGGGUCGACCCUGGCGCCCUGCCUCUCCUCCAUCCACCUUUUCAACUUCCCCCAUCGCUCCGCUGUGAGCCACCUGUUCCGCCACCUCACCACUCUGGACAUCUCCCGAAACGAGUUGUCCCCGUGCCGGCUUUCUUCCUGCAACGGUUUAGCCGAGUGGAAGAGGAGCGAGGAGGUGCUGUGUCAGGCCAUCCGGGGCCUCCCUCUCCUGGAGCGCCUCGCCCUCCCCUUGGUGUCAGAUGCCGUUCUGCUGGAGAUUUCUCAGUCCUGCCCGAAACUCACCGCCUUGCACGCCCAGCCGCUGGCUCGAUCCGUCGCUGUCGACUUUGCUGUUGACUGUGGUCUUGGGAACUUCUACCUCUGCAACUCCUCACACACCAGGACCUGGCUGCAUGUUGCCCUUCCUCCUGUCCAGCCUCAUGUUACCGAUGCCGGGGUGUUGGCUAUUGCGAACGGAUGCACGCGAUUGGUGCAGCUGAGUCUGGGCGGCUGUGUAAACGUGGGGCGAGUGGGGCUGCGCCAGCUGGCGAGUAAAUGCGAGCGGCUGGAGGUGCUGAGGCUGGCGCGCACAGCGGUGGACGACGCUGCUGUCGUGGCGGCGCUGGAACUUGCUGGUAAGAGUGAGAGGCGCAGAGAUGAUGGGGCAGCUGCAAUGGUGGAAGUGGAUGGGGAAUGUGAGGAGGAGAAGCCAUCUGCUGACGAGCGUGUGGGGCAUGAGAAGAAAGGGAAAAAGGAGAAAGGGUUCUAUGGAUUGCAGGAUUUCAGGCUGCAGUGGCUGCUGGUGUCUCCCAAAGUGAUUGCUGGGGACCAAUGGAAGGGGGGCAAGGAAGGUGGAAGAGAGGGAAUGGUGGGGGGUGGUGGAGAUAGUGGAGGGAUGGGUUCUGACGUGGAUUUAAGACUUGCUGCAAGGGAGGUUCAUCUUAUUCAGCUCUUCCUUUCGUUCUUUCUUGGAGCACUUUCGAAUAUGGCGACGCCGGAUAUGACACUCGCGACCGCGGCAGGCGACGACCUCCGUCCUCCGACCUCCGAUUCGGUCUGCGUGCGACUCCGACCGUCGCCGUUCGUUCUCGAGGAUGCCGCGAACGACCCUACUAACGACCUCACUUCUAUUGCUAGUUCGGAUUCCAAGUCGCGUAUGCUGGAGCUGGCGACGCGCUUCGCCGCUACUCUCCGCGCUCUGGAGAUCCGUCCAGGCGCGGGUGGUAACGCGACUCGACCUGACGACGAUAAGCUAUCGGCCUACAGCAUUGUGCAGAUCCUUCAACGCGCGUCGGGAAUCGAAUCGCUCUCGCUGGUGAGCUGCGUCGAAGCGGUGCCCGAUCGUUGCACCGCGCCGCCCGGCUUCCUUCCUAUGACCAAGGUGGAGCUCGCCACAGUGGUGCUCCCGGCGCUGCCACGUCAGCUCAAAUCCCUGAAUCUGAGCUCGGAUCAUUUUCUGACCCCCUCGGCGUGCGUGACGUGGGCGGAGGGGGGCGAGGCCGCGGCGGGAGGCGCGGGUCGCGUGUGGGGCAAAGACGACGGCCUUCAAGUCGCCGGCUCGACUAACGUUCCCAUCCCCCCAUCGCAGGCGCCCGCGCCGCGCGUCCUCUCAGCCACUCCCGCCCCUGCUUCCGCUGCUGCCGCUGCUUCCCCUGAUGCCGCUGCUUCCGCUGCUGCUGCUGAAGCUCCUGCCGCACCUUCCCCCCCUCCGUCCGACCCUUCUCCUCCUUCCCCAACCUCUUCUUCGCCCGCUCCCCCUCCCCUUCCGCCCGCCCCUUCCCGCGAGCCCAUCUCCAUCCACCCUCCGCGUGUCUGCCUCACAGACGUGCAUCUGCACACCAUCGCCGCCUCCCUCCCGCACCUCACCUCCCUCAACCUCGACACGCGCGCGACCGCCAGCGCGGAAACCAUUUGCAACCUGGCGACGUCGCUGCCGCACCUCAAAGCGCUCUCGCUCAGCUCCGACGCCGUCACGUGGGAGGUGGGGUCGCUGCUGCUCGCGCUUCUCCCCUCCCUGCAGCACCUCUCCCUCGUUUCCCACGCCUUGGAUCAACCCCGCAACCACCCCGCCAAGCAUGCGGCUGCGGCGCCACUUACCGAGGCUCCUGCUUUGGCUGCCGCGGCAGCUGAUCCGGUGCUGACGGAGAGCGGCGUAGCGGGUGACCCAUCCGCUUCUUCCGACACUUUAGACUCUGAAACGGCUGCUCUUCUCUCGACGCUCUCCAUCGCCGCUCCAAAGCCUGGCGACCUUUUCUACUGUCCUCCGGACUCGUCUCUGGCGCCCUGCCUCUCCUCCAUCCGCCUCUACGUCUCGCCUCACCGCUCCGUUGCCUGGGGCUCUCCCCCCGCAUCCUCCCUACUUCUCGCCCUCGCUGCUCGUUCCUCCUCAACGCCUCUACGGGCCUUCCACGCGCAGAACUCCCCCAGCUCCACGUGGCAGCUCGUGAGCCACCUGUUCCGCCAGCUCACCACUCUGGAUCUCUCCCAAACCGAGCCACAUCGCCCAUCAUCCCACCUGCACAGCGGCUCACCCGAGUGGAAGACGAGUGAGGAGGUGCUGUGCCAGGCCAUCAGGGACCUCCCUCUCCUCGAGCGCCUCGCUCUCCCGCUGGCGUCAGACGCCGUUCUCACAGCUGUUUCCGAGUCCUGCCCGAACCUCACCGCCUUGCACGCCCAGCCACUAGCUCGAUUCAUUGCUGUCGCCUCUGCUGCUGCCAGCGCUGCUAAUGAUUUCCUCCUCACCACCUCCUCUUCCUACUCCAGGACCUGCCUGCGUGUCGCCCCCCCUCCUGUGCAAUCUCAUGUUACCGAUGCCGGGGUAGUGGCCAUUGCGAAUGGAUGCACGCGAUUGGUGCAGCUGAGUCUGGGCGGCUGUGUGAACGUGGGGCCAGUGGGGCUGCGCCAGCUGGCGAGGCGAUGCGGGCGGCUGGAGGUGCUGAGGCUGGCGCGCACAGCUGUGGACGACGCUGCUGUCGUGGUGGCGCUGUUCGGCGACACCUGGCAUGCUGACGCCACAGCUGGCGCUGCUUCCACUGCUUCUCUCCAGCUGCAGUUGCCCCAGCUCGUUCUGCUGGAUCUUUUUGACUGCCCGGGUGUUUCCUCCGGCCUGCUGCUCUCCCUCUUGGCAGCGGCAAGGGAGCUUGCUGGCAACGGUGGAGACGGGGAGGAGGUGAGGGCUGGGAGAGAGGGAAGCCGCCCCGGACUGCAGGAUUUCAAGCUGCAGAGGCUGCUGGUUUCGCAUGGAGUUAUUGCUGGCAAGGAAGGUGGAAAGGAAGGAGAGGGAAGCGGAAGUGGUGUUGCUGGUGUGGACCUGAGGGUUGCAGCAAGGGAGGUGGGAAUGCUACUGCCAGGACUGGUGGUGACGUGCCGACGGAUGGCGGAGCAUGUUCUGCCUUGGGAUGGUUUCUUUGGAGAGAGGAAGCUUGCUCUGUGCAAUACUGAUGAUAGUGAUGUUUAG